AUGCCCUUUCAGCAGCAACAGCAGCAACAGCAGCAACAGCAGCAGCAGGCCUAUGAUGGCAUGGCACAUCACCACCACUCCGAUGGUCAUUAUCCACCGAACUCGAUGAUGGUAGCGAGUCCGAACUUGUAUUCGGGAUACCCCAGCAUCGAGACGAGGCAUCAGCAGGGCGGCAACUCCUUCGGGACAUACGCCCACGACGGGCAUCACCCACACCACCCUAUGGGCGCCACCGAGACGAACUUGAUAAUGGUGAUGGACAUGGGUGCGGAAAUGAAAAGACAAAGGGGGAUCGGAAGAGAAAUGGAAAGAGAAAUAGAAAUGGAAAUGGAAAUGGAAAUGGAAAUGGAAAUGGAAAUGGAAAUUGAGACGGGGGACUUCAGCGGUAGCAGCCAAAAGCAGCAGCACCACAACCCCAUCAACAACAACACAAGAGAAAUGAUCAUAGUGCCUGGCAAACAGCAGCAGCACCACAGACAGGGACAGGGGCAGCCCAACUAUGUUAUGCCCAUUUCCAGGUCAUCGGGAGCCUUUGACACUAUCGGCGUCGGCGUCGACAGCCCGAGUUGUCAAUCAUCAUCGGCAUCCCGAUCCGUGGCGGUGUUGCCUUCCAUGAACUUGGACUUCAUGAACAUGAAUAUUGUGACUCAGAUUUCUCCGAUGCUGAGUUCGAUGCCGAGGUAUGACGGGCAACAACACGACGAGCAACGAGGACAACAAGAAUAUAAUCAAAGGGCAAUGGGAGUUGUACUUGCACUUGGCCCGCGCGCGGACAGCAUGCAGCUGAAUAUGAAAAAGAUAAAGAAUACUCGACAGCAAAAGGAAAAAGCGAGGAGGCCGAAGGCAAAGAGCCCGGAUGAUGAUAAAGAUCCUCAGAAUGAACGACGACACGAGGCCAGGAACAAUGAAAGGAAAACAGAAAAAGGUCAUGCCUCGGGAUUGCGACUUCAUGUCGACAGUGGCAGUAUGGAGGUGGAUGGGGAGGGUAGAGGUAUGGACGGGGAGCCGGAUGAUGGGGCAGGCCAAGAAGAUGAAGAACAAGAAGGAGAAGAAGAAGAGAAGGAUGGCGUCAAUGGCGAUGAAGAAGGCAGCAAAGGGGCAGAAGAAAACGAGCAAGAGAAAGAGCAAGGAGAAGAAGAACGGGAAGAAAGUCGGAAGCGACAAAAAGCUGGAAAUAUACUCACCAAAAGAAGAGUUGACCGAGAUCACAGCAGCAUGGUUCAGGUUCCCAUGGUCGACGGCAUUGGCCUUGGUGUUCGUGGCCGGGCCGCCGGUGUCAGUAUCGGCGUCGUCGAUGGCAGUCCUCCUCCUCGCACAGCACUCCCAUCACCCCUUUCCUCCACAACACAAUCGCACCCCACACCAUCAUCACCACCCUCAGGUCCAGGUGCAUGUUCAACACAAUAUGUGUUUCAAUCAUACCUCUCACCACCUCCUCCUCCUCAUCUCCCACCAUCCUCAUCCUCAUCAUCACCAUCAUCGUCAUUUUCGUCAUUCCUCGCAACCGCCCGCCACCACCAGCCCCCGAACCGCGUCCAACGCAACCGCUCCGCUGCCACGCGCUACCGGACCAAAAGCAAAGCGGCACAGGCCACCCUGGAAUUGUCGGUGCAGGAGCUCAGCUCGCGCCGGCAUCAGCUGCGCUCGACCCUCAAGGUGCUUGAACAGGAGAAGUACGAGCUCAAGACGGCGAUACUGCAGCAUGUGACGUGCGACUGCCACUCGAUAAGGGAGUACUUGAAAGGGGAGGCUAUGAGGAUCUUGAUGAGGGGGCAGGAAGGGGUGAGCAGCGCCAGCAGCGGCCAAGGGAAAGGGGAAGGAGGAGAAGGAGGCGGCGGUGGCGGCGGUGGCGGCGGUGGGACGGAGGUAAAGAGUAUGAAGGGGGUAGUAGACUCGGAGAUGGUUGGGGCAGGCAAGGAGUUAGGGGGGGUGGGGGAUAGGUGA